AGCCGUGAGUUUUACGGAAGGAGUGGCUCAGCCUCCCACUUUAAGUCUGCAACGGCCCCAGCCACUCCGACUGAGAAACAGCCUCUUCUUCCUGCCUCCAGGCGCCCCUCCCCGCCCGUCAGUAUGCGCGACACCUACGGCACAUCUUCGCUCAGCAGCAGCAGCAACUCCGGCUCCUGUAAGGGCAGCGACAGCAGUCCCACACCAAGGCAGGGAUGGCGAGAUUGAAGACCUGAAGACCCAGCUCUCCCGGAUGCAGGAAGACUGGAUUGAGGAGGAGUGUCACCGUGUGGAGGCCCAGCUGGCCCUCAAAGAAGCCCGGAAAGAGAUUAAGCAGCUCAAGCAGGUCAUCGACACCGUCAAAAACAACCUGAUCGAGAAAGACAAAGGCCUCCAAAAGUACUUUGUGGACAUCAACAUUCAGAACAAGAAGCUGGAGACGCUGCUGCACUGCAUGGAGGUGGCGCAGGACGGGACGGUCAAAGAGGAAGGGCACGCUGAGUCAGCCGGGGGGUCCCCUGCCCGCUCCCUCACCCGCAGUUCCACGUACACCAAGUUGAGUGACCAGGGAGCGACGGACAGGAACAUCGGUGGCUCUCAAACCAUCUCGGUGGACGACGGAGCUGAUAGCGGCUUCGUGGCUGCCGAGAACUCCUUGAGCCGGACAGAUUUGCUGGACCACAGCAGCCUCCUGUCCUCAGGGGUGGAGUGUGGCCCCGACGACGCCUCGUCCCUGCACACCUCCUACACCUUGGGGUCCCAGAUGCCCACCAGCUCCACGUACGAGAAGCUGCAGAGCGUGGAAGCCGCCGUACAAGCCAGCUGCAUGCAGGAACAAGCCAUCCAGACAGACUUUGGACAUUACCAGCCAGAUCUGGACACCAUCUUGGAGAAGGUCAUGAAGUCUCAAGCGGGCAGCCUCGCCAGCCCCACCUCGGAGUGGCCCUCGGAGAUAGAGGAAGUGACCGAGCCCACCAGCUUCGAGAGUGGUGUCGCCAACUGCUCGAACCCCACGGACACGACGGCCCCCGAACCCUUCUCGGUUGUCGUGGUCAGUGCGGGAGAAAAGCCCGAUGGCCAGCCGGCCUCGCAAAACCCAGCCGUGCAUCAGCCGUGCAGCGCCAGCCCUUCCGUGAGCAUCGUCUGCACCCCUGAAGACGAGGCAACCGAUGAAGGAGAGGACACUGCAGGGGCAGCAGCCCCAGCGGAGCCCAAAACUUACUGGAGCCGCCACUUCCUUGUAGAUCUCUUGGCGGUGGUCGUGCCAGCUGUGCCUACAGUCGCCUGGCUGUGCCGUUCGCAGCAGAGGCAGGGGCAGCCCGUUUACAACAUCAGCUCUCUGCUGCGGGGCUGCUGCACCGUCGCCCUCCACUCGAUCCGGAAGAUCAGCUGCCGGUCGGUCACCAAUGUGAACAGCUCCUGCUCUCAGCCAUAACUUCUUCCUCCUCCCCCGCCAAACCAGCUCUUUCAUGUGCACGCACAUCUGCUUUGUUUCCCUCAGAGCCAUCCAGGUUUAGGGGGGAACCACGAUUGUAAAUCCCCCGUUACGCACACUUGAAUUUCUCUUCCCUGUGAACCCUGAUUUAUUGAGCGCACAGGCGGGCCUCGACCGCCAUCUGAUGUGCUGGAUCUUGACUUAUGCAAAUCGCUCGGGAGAAGCCAUCGCUGCGGUGACCCCUGGCGCAGCGUGGACAGGACAGGACCGUCUUCUCGCUAAGAAACCAUUUUCUUUCAGGGAUGCUGCUGUUGAAAACUUUGCUUUAGGAAAAGGUGCGUCGUGUUUCCCUACACGAUUGGCUGACUCACUUCUCCCUCUUCCGAACAUCUGAAUGUUUUUUGAGUGAUGCAGAAAAGGUUACUCCGUUGCCACGGCCUCCUCCCUCUUCUCCCUUUCCUGCUUUUCCCAAGUUUCAUCCUCUAACCAGCCCUGAGACUACCUCACCUUCCCUAAACCCUUGCCCAUCCUGCUUUAAGUCCAGGUCCAUCCAUGUUCUUCACCCGACAGGGACCUUCUCUUGCAGCAUGGCUGGCUGGGGAAUUCCAGGAGUUGAAGUCCACCAUCUUCCAGUUGCCAACUUUGGAAAACACUGCAAAAGAAGAAGGACGGUGUGUAUUUUGCAGAGAGGAGGCAGAGGACAUGUUGAAAAGGUGUUUGCGACAUCAGCUCUCCAAAUUCCACUGGUCCCCUUUUCUGUCCACCCACAAAUUUCCAGAGGUCUGACUAUCUUCUGUCUCGUUGCAAACCGCCGGCUUCUUCCCCUUGUUUCUUGUUAUCUGAGACAGGGAUCCCUAACCCUCCCUGGUCUGCAGACUGGACCCAGUCUGUGGCCCCGUUGGGAACUGGGCUGCGCAAAGCAGUGGGCAAGGGCGCAAGUGUGCGAAGCUCCAUUUGCCAAAGCGGAAAGCACGCAUGCAAAACCAUCCCCUGUCCCCCACCACAACCGCCGCCGCCACUGCCAAUCUGGGGAGCCAGAAAGGUUGGGGAUGACACAUCUAAAAGAGAUAAAAUAGAGAGGAAACCCCACUCCCUUCUAGCACUGAUGACGUUAUCGAGUUGGGUCAUGAAACGUCUUCAAGAAAACCACCAAGC